AUGGCCGUGGAGAGGAUACGGCACUUCCUAGCGGAGUCCCAAUGGAUGGAGGGACGGAGCGGCGGACGUGUUUUCGGACUUGACCACGAUCCCGAACACCUGUAUGCGAUGUCAAUUGAGGCUCAAUCAGUAGCAAGUAGCAGCAAACAGGCCAUCAGAGAUAGAACCUAUGUUCACGACGUUCACGACGAUGACGAGAGCUCUGGCGUAGAACCCACAAGCUCGGAAGGAGACGAUAGCUCGGAGGAGGAGGACGAAGAGGAGGCACCCAUAUCUAAUGAAGACGUGGCAGCUCAAAUGGCUAUCGAGAAUGACUUUGACCGACUGGUGCAGAACGUGCGAUCCAACGAACGCUCACAGAGCGUCGGCUUGUCGAAAGAAUGGGACUUUGCCAUUGAAGACCAGGAUGCCGAGUUCAAGGAUGACCUCAGGGCUGCAUCUGGAAUAGGUCGGUCCCGUCGAAAAAAAGGCAGGCACGAAGGACCAGCUCUGUCCCCCGAGGUCCGGGCAUUGAUCGGUGAGGGCAACCAGGCAUAUGUGGAUUGCAACACCUCCGAAGCCAUCAAAAUGAUGCAAGAAGUCAUUCGAAUAGAGCCUCGAGCGCAUUCUGCUUGGACAGUGCUCGCUCAAUGUUACGAAGACCUUAAAGAAAGCCAAAAGGCCCUUCAACUUCGAAUAAUGGCUGCCCAUCUACGACACGACGCAGAUGAAUGGGAUCGCCUAGCAAAGCAAUCACGCGACCUGGGGUACCACCAACAAGCGCUGUACUGCUAUCGCAAGGUAAACAAACUCGACCCAUCCAACAUCCAUGCAUUCUGGGAUCUAGCGACGCUGGCGAAGGAGCUCGGGGACUUCAAGCUCUCGCGCAAUGCAUUUCUCGCCAUCCUGAAACGUUUCCCCCACGACCUCAACGUCUUGAACGAACUGCGUACGAUCCUGAUUGAGUUGUCCGAGUUUACGCUCUGCGCAUCGCUUUUCCAACAAGCUUUCGAUCAUUUCGUGACGCUGCACCCUUCUGGCAGAGGAAGCGACCCCCUGACGGGCGGGGAUGUGGCUGGUGGUGGAUUUGGUUUGAUGGAGAUUCUCGUCCUCGCCGACUUGUACAAUACCCUUGAAGAGUACGAAAGAUCUGCCAAUGUGAUCAGGAGAGGCUGCAGGUGGCUGCAGGGACGCUCUGAGCAGAAGUACUGGGACGUUUGCGCCGAUGACAGGGAAUACGAUAUACCUGACGAAGACGGACGCAGUUCAAUUCAACGGCGGAAUGGCGAACCUCGCCCUGGAUGCUAUCCACUAGAUGUCAAUGCUCGCCAUCGACUCGCCGUUUCGAGGCUGAAGAUGGGAGAUACCGAUGAGGGCAAGAUGCACGCCAAUAUUGUCUUAGCGGAGGAUGUUCUCGAUUAUGCGCCUCUCUUCAGCGAGAUCGCAGACGUAUAUUUUGAACGUGAGAUGUAUGCCGACGCCAAACCAAUAUAUGAGUUACUAGGAUCUGGUGCAGCGACCAGUAGCUUGUAUAUCCUUCUCCAGACAGCCGCUUGCCUCCGUAUGCUAGGAGAAUUACAAGAUGCAGCAGAGGUAUAUGAACACAUAAGAGAGACAGAUCCAUCGAAUAACGACGUUAAAAUGAAGUUGGCCUCGCUGUAUGAACUUCUAGACGAACCUCGGAAGGCGUUGGCGUUGGUAUACGAAGUCAUCGACGCACGGAAACGUCGUCGCGCUGAGGGCCAAUCUAACGAUGGAAAUGAGCACAGUUCCAGUACGCCCAGUGCACAGGGCGGAGCUUCUCUUUUCGAAGAGAAGAAGAAAGCUACGAAAAGCGGGCAGCAGAGGAAGCUCACGCUAGCACAGCUCAAAGAGCUCGAGGCAAAGAAGGAGGCGCAGGUCGUGAGGGGGUAUCGGCGCUUGACUGAGUUGUGGCCCGCCAUGAUGCAAGAUGAGGGCGAUGCGGAGAGGGCUUGGAUGGAGGAGGCGGAGAAGCUGGUGGAGACGUAUCGAGAGACAAGAAACCUGUUUGCCGCAUCUCGGCAAUGGAGGGGCAUGUUCCCUCGGGCUAAGGCUGGGUUCACUACAGAAGCGGACGAAGAUAGUAUGGCGUCUAGAUUGCAUCUAGACUUGGAGCGCGACAGCAUGAUGAAGAAAUUGGGCAAGAGUAGUGAAGCAAAAGGAGAUCUUCGCAUGUUCCGAGGUGUAUCCUUCGACGAUUGGAUGAAUGUGUUCAUGCAGUAUGCGUUCUUGCUCACGAGACAUGGACAACACGAAAUUGCGGAUGAGGUGCUACGGCACAUUCUCCUGUCCAGCCCUUACCAAGACCGUAGCGCCCAAAACACAAUUCGGCUAUCCUUGAUCACUUGCGCUAUUGCAAGCAGGCGCUAUGAUAUCGUUGUCGAACAAUGCAGGAAGCUGAUCACUGUGUACCAGUUCAACAACGAGCCGUUCCGGUUGUUAUUGGCGUCUUUGGCAAGCGGAUUGCGACCCACAGACGCAUUCAUAACGUCCACGCUCCAGAAGGCCAUGCUGCGUGAAGUGAAAUUAUGGGACUCCGCUACCACCCACCCCGAGACGAUGAAAUUCGUUGCAUCGAGCAAGCGUUGGGCGUCAACGAGCUUGGGCAAAAGUGGCGAUGACGCCGGAGCUGACGAGGAGGGUGAUGAUGCCGGCGACACGCUGCAGAGUAACCUGGCUGAAAGUGCGUCUACGUCAAGUAGCGCGCCGAAGCUGCCCACGACGCACAACCCCCUCCUUCCAACGAUCUAUGGGCAGCUCUGUAUAUGUGCGAAGAGUUAUCAAAGCGCAAUAUUCUAUUUACUGCUUGCGUAUGAUCACUUCCCCGAUGAUCCUGUGAUAUGCUUAUGUCUAGCAAUUGCGUCGUUUGGCCGCGCUAUGCAACGACAAGCAGAUAAUCGGCAUCAUCUCAUUGCCCAGGGAAUGGCGUUCCUCACACGGUACCGUAAACUCAGGAGCACGUCCGCUCCGUCUGUCGAAGAACUUGAGGAGGUCGAGUUCAACUUUGGUCGAGCAUUCCAUCAGCUUGGGCUUUAUUCCUUUGCAGUUAAACACUAUGAUAAUGUACUCAAGAUGGCAAGGCAGCAUCCACCCAACGAUUUGGGGGUCUCCAAGGAGGCCGCCUACAACCUCGCUAUGAUAUAUAUGCUUACCGGCGCUACUCCGUUAGCGGAGGCGCUGUAUAGGAAUUGGUUGUCAAUCUGA